AUGGCAUUCAAGCCUUCUAAAUCACCAAAGAGGCUUUUGGAAGAAAAGCUCAUCACUUUCUUGGAGUCAUCAUGUAAAACCCCAAAACAGCUUCUUCAAAUCCAAGCUCAGAUUUUUAGUAAUGGGCUAGAACAUAACGAUUAUGUCGGUCCAAGAAUCGUCGCUGCUUGUUGCCGGAUCACGAGAAUUGGUUACGCACGCCAAGUGUUCGAUAGAAUCUCUCAACCAAAUGUAUCUGUCUGGAAUGCAAUGUUCAAUGGGUAUGCGCAAAAAGACUUGUCCAAGGAAGUUUUGUUCUUGUUCAAGAGAAUGAGAAGCAUGGAUGUUAUGCCUAAUUGCUUUACUCUUCCGGUCGUUUUAAAAGCUGUCGUUAUGAUUAACGAUCUAAGACAAGGAGAGGAGUUACAGUGUUUUUCGAUAAAAACAGGGUUUAAAUCAAAUUCUUAUUUAGGAACUAAGUUGAUUGAGAUGUACUCAUGUGCAGGAGUGGUUGCAUCGGCGAAUAAGGUGUUUUGUGAGAUGGUUGAGAAAAAUGUUGUUACUUGGACUUCGAUGAUCAAUGGGUAUAUUUUGAACAAGGACUUAGUCUCUGCUCGUCGCCUUUUUGAUUUGUCGCCUGAGAGAGACAUUGUGUUGUGGAACACUAUGGUGUCUGGUUAUACUCAAAUGGGGAAUAUGAUUGAGGCUAGGAGUCUUUUCGAUCAAAUGCCUUGUAGGGAUGUCAUGUCGUGGAACACGGUUUUAGAGGGUUAUGCGGAUAUUGGAGAUAUCGAAGCAUGUGAAAGAGUUUUUGAAGAAAUGCCGGAGAGAAAUGUAUUUUCUUGGAAUGGUUUGAUCAAGGGGUAUGCUCAAAAUGGUCAGCUUCCUGAAGUGUUGGAUUCUUUUAAGAGAAUAGUAGAUGAAGGGAAUGUUAUUCCUAACGACGCAACAUUGACUUCAGUCUUAUCCGCUUGUGCAAAGUUAGGAGCUCUUGAUUUCGGGAAACGGGUGCAUAAGCACGGAGAGAAUCUUGGGUAUGAUAAGGUAAAUGUUAAUGUUAAGAACGCUUUGAUUGAUAUGUAUGCAAAAUGCGGAGCUAUAGAGAUAGCUAUAGAAGUCUUCAAAGGCAUAAAGAGAAGAGAUUUGAUAAGUUGGAAUACCAUAAUCAACGGCUUAGCUGCACAUGGAAAUGGAAGCGAGGCCUUGGAUUUAUUCCGUGAGAUGAAAAAUUGCGGAGUUAGACCCGACAAGGUAACAUUCGUUGGCGUUUUAUGUGCCUGUAGACACAUGGGUUUGGUUGAAGAUGGUGUGGCUUAUUUCAGUUCCAUGGUUACUGAUUUCUCAAUAACGCCUCAAAUCGAGCACUGUGGUUGUGUAGUGGAUUUACUAUCCCGGGCUGGACUUUUAACACAAGCUGUUGAGUUUAUCAACAAAAUGCCGGCGAAAGCGGAUGCUGUAAUAUGGGCUACUUUACUUGGAGCUUCAAAGGUUUACAAGAAGGUUGAUAUUGGCGAACUUGCUCUUGAAGAGUUGAUCAAGCUUGAACCAAAAAACCCGGCUAAUUUCGUGAUGCUCUCAAACAUAUAUGGAGAUCUAGGAAGAUUUGAUGAUGCUGCGAGGCUAAAAGUGGCUAUGAGAGACACCGGUUUUAAGAAAGAAGCUGGUGUUAGCUGGAUUGAGACCGACGAUGGUUUAGUUAAGUUUUAUUCUUCGGGAGAGAAGCAUCCUCGAACAGAGGAAUUGCAGACGAUCUUGAGAGAGCUGAAGAGUUUCAGCAACAUGCUUGAUGAAGAAGAACCUCAAGAACAUUUUAUCUAG